GUUUAGAUGCAUUAAAUCUAUGUACUCAGGGGCUGAGGGGGAAUACCUGGUAGGAGAGAGUCCCAAACAGAGCUAUUGGAAAACAAGGCAUUCAAUCUGAGCACCAAGAGCCUCCAACAACCUGAAAUAGCACAAUGAUGAUGGGGUUCCUCAUCUCAUAAUUGGACAUGGAAAAUGAAGGAGUUUUGGAACACGUACACAAAAGCACAACAAGGAGAGAGUAACAGAGGAAGUGACUGGUUUCAGUUUUACCUUACCUUUCCAUUAAUCUUUGGCCUCUUCAUUAUCCUCCUUGUCAUUUUCCUAAUCUGGAGAUGCUUCCUAAGAAACAAGACUCGCCGACAGACAGUGACGGAAGGUCAUAUUCCUUUCCCUCAACACCUCAAUAUUAUCACUACACCUCCCCCACCAGAUGAAGUGUUUGAUAACAGCGGGUUGUCCCCAGGCUUCCUGGAGUACGUGGUUGGGCGCUCAGAUUCUGUCUCCACUCGCCUGUCCAACUGCGAUCCCCCACCGACCUAUGAGGAAGCCACUGGCCAGAUGAACCUACGGAGGAGUGAAACAGAACCUCACCUCGAUCCGCCUCCGGAGUAUGAGGACAUCAUCAACUCCAACUCAGCCAGUGCCAUUGCCAUGGUGCCUGUGGUCACCACUAUCAAAUGAAGCUGCAAACUUCUUUUUACUAUAAUCAUUUUUAAAAUACUAAUGAGAGAACUUUCUAGCACUUUACCACUACAUACAUGUGCAUCUGACUUAUUGGACUCUGACAGCAUACCACUUCAUAUUCUCCAAUUUGAUUUUCAUUAGUUCUGUUUCCCACUCUAAACUCUUUAUCCAUGCUCAUUUUUGCUAAUGGAAAUAUGUGAAGAGGGAAAAAUACUAGUGGAGGUCUUCCUAGGAGAUGUACAUCGGUGUGUGCACAUGUAUGUUUAUGUAUAUAUAUGUACAUGAACAUAUACGUGUGUGUACAUCAGCCCAGUAUAUGGGCACCUGUCUUAAAAAGUCAUUAACAUCUAUCUAAAUCACCUGUAAAGAGAACAUUACUCACCAAAAUUGGAGGUUGGGGGGAAGGCACCAACAAUUUGUGUAACAGCAGCAUGCUGUUGAAUUUUGAAAAUAAGAUGAACUUAGCGUGCUUUUAAAUUUUUACAGGCUUUUGUUAACCUUCUUCAACUUCCUUAAAAGGGAAAAAAAUGCAUAUAGUCAGUCUUGACUUGAGGAACAUCUAAGAGGGUGACAGAGAGAGAAGGAAGGCAUAAUAAUUGAUACCUUGUUCCUAGUGGACAGCAAGAAAAUCAUUGGUCCUUCAUGGCUUUUGGCUGCUUUCACAGGAGGCAUUUUGGUGCUGUAAUUGACUGCCUCCCCCCAAAAAUUAAACAGUGUUUGCUUAGUGUCCUUGAAUGUCGCAUGCUAUUUGUAUUAACAUCUUGGUGGAGUGGAUUUCCUGGCAAAAGAAUCAUUUCUCAAGUAGAUACUCGAAUUGAUGACAGAACAGAUGCAGAUUUCUCCUUGGCUUAUUGGCAACACUUUCUUUCUCCAUGUUACAUUGCCUUUUACUCUAGUUGCUCUCCUACCACCCCAGAAUCUUCUAGCAAGUAAGAAUUUAGUUAAAACCCUGGGAAUUAUUUUCUUAAUGUUUUUGUAUAGAGUGAAGCCUUUGUCUCAAGAUGAUUACCAGGCAAUUUUCCCUUAAAUUAAUAACUGUGAUUUCUGCAUUAUUCUCCAGUUGGCGGAGGAAGACUGCAAACUCUGUCUUGUGCCAGGCGCACAAUAAAUCUAGUUACAGCUGCAAACAUAUCUCACAGCUGCUAUUUCAUUUUGUAUUUUCAGAUUUUUUUACCUGCAGAAUUUUUAUUGAAAAUUCUUGGAGCGAGGGGAACAGGCUGUGAAUGAACUGCCAACAUAAACUGGCUAGGAAAGAAGAAAAAAUCCAACAGUUAUACAUGCGCUGAUGGAAGAUGCAUUCUGUCAGUCAGAUUUCUGUGCCACUCCCACGACUCCUUAGUGUUGGAUAAAAUGGUUGAUCAGGCAGAAGGCAAGCAGGUUUUGGAAGUGUCAUGUCCUAUGGCCUCCAUUUCCAUCCCCAUGCAGACUCCCCUAAACCCAAAGGAGGAGGACUGCUUGGGAGGACCUUGAACUAGGAGUCAGAUGACCUGAAAUCAGAUCUCAUUCUGCCAUACCCUUGCCAGGCUACUUUGGGAAAGACCCAUAUCUGACCCUCAAGCUCCUUACUUACCUCUGAAAUGGCGACAGUAUCAUUCACCCUGCCUUUAUCCUGGGGCUUUAAAAGGAUGCAAUAAGAUGGUAUGUGUGAGAGUCAUUUGUAAGACGUGAAGAGCACUCUAGGUGUAAGAUCACAGCAUUGUUCUCCUUGCUCUCAUGGGGGAAGAAUCUUCUGUUUCCCUAAAAUGUAUCUGAGUUUUCACAGAGUGAGAAAUAGAGCAGGCUGCUCCAUUAGUGGCUCACAGGUUCCUAAUUUGAGUGUGUGAGCUCUUAGUUCAACACCUGUCAUUCUCUGGUCUAUACCAAUGCUGGGCCUACUUAAUAACAACUGUACGCUCAGCACAAACAGGAGUAAGCAAAUGCUGGAAAGGCAACUACCGCUGACUGUGUUUAGAUAACAGGUUUUAUGGCUUUCAUGGACUAAAAAUUAAUAAAUCUUCUACCUGGUCUCAGCAGAAAUGACAGCAUUGUUUUGAAUUUGGCCCUGAGUACAUGGUAAUCUCUGGCUUCUACUUAAAGCUGAGAAUGGGAGUGUUUGAGCCAGUAAUGUAUUUUGGUUUAGAGAAAAAUUAAGGCUCCUUUUGUGUGGACUUUUUCUUUUGUCAUUAAUAUCAGGCCUUAGAUUAAACUAGCAGUUCUCAACAACUGGCCAAUGAGCCCCCCUGGGAGUCCUUGAGAACAUUCAAAUUUGAGGGGGGUCUGUGAGACAACACUAUUUUCAUAAUAACACCAACAUGUUAUCUUUUCACUUUCUCUCUCAAAAAGUUGUUGUUAAAAAUGUUAGUCAUCUUCCCAUGUUUUGUUUGUUUUAGAAAAUAUAGCUAUUUUCUUUAAAAUGUUAUUUAUGUUUAGCAUGUAAUGGACUUCUUAAUUUGGGGACUUUUAUAUUUUUAAAUCAAUAAGUACUUAAAUUUUUUUCACUUUUACUUUCUAACAUGGCAAAUAUUGGUAGCUAUAAAUUUCAUAAACAAAAGCUCUUCGGUAUCCAGAUCCCCAACAAAUAAAUGUUAAGAAUAUAAAGGGAUCUGGAGACCAAAAGUUUGAAAUUUACAGGAUUAGACAAAGGAACAGGAUGUUCUAUUACUAACUAUGCAUACUUGCCAUUUAAUUUUACAUUUUAAUGUCCUGAUAGUGAAUUUAACGCUGCCUCUUAGAGAUACCUGAAUUUAAAUAUAAGAAUGAAUGUUCAUCCUUGAAGCAAAAGCCAAAUGCUUACACUGAUCAAUGGCUAUAGCUUUUUAGACCGUUGUCAGAGAACACACUAUUCCACAGUGCUGACAUCAGCCACAGGUCUCAUGGCCACAUUCAGGUGAUAAUGACAGGCGAAGCAAAUGUCUAAGAUAAACAGAAUACUUUCUUUAAGAAACAGUCUAUUAGGUUAGUUUUGUUUGAUCUUGGUUUGGGUUUGACCUUUUUAGAAACCCUUUUGCUACCCUAUCUGGUUUUGUACACUGAGUUUCUUAACAUUUGUUAUAAUUAAAGGGGCUUGUCUGGAAUAGUGUCUAUUUUUAUGCUUUAGCCUUUCUUACCUGACUGAUAUUACAUUCACCUUUGAUCAUUUUUAAUAAAUGUUUAUUUUUACAGAUCUAUUUAGUACCUUUCUUAAGAAGUAACUACAUUGAAUCAACCAGUGUAUAUUUACAUGAAAGAAUGGGCUACCUGGUCUUUUAGUGGAUCGGUUUCCAGACCUCCACCUGCAGUGAUUGUGUCUGGAAUUCUAGAACUGGCACUUUUCUGCCUCCCUGCUUUGAAUGUCACAAUGAAUUGUAUCUGUUUAAAUUAAAUGAUUUCUCUUUUUCCUAUUGACCAGUACAAAUACAGAUGCUGUGUUUGAUUCACUGUUAAUGAUGACUUCAAGAUUGAUGAUCUGAUAGAAUAAUGGUGGAGGGAGCUUUACCUUGGUUCUGUGUAAAUAGCAUGUAUUUGAUAAUAUUUCACAUUUUUAAACAGCUGGUUUACAUUAAAUUAUGGUAUUUAACUAUUUUAUGUUCAUUCCAGGUAAGGUUUUUCUUAUGUUUCUGUUUUGGGUAUGCUAAAUAAAGCUAUUUUUAAACC